AUGUUAUUGAUCACGUUGAUUCAAUUCCAAUGGCUAAGAUAUGGUCACACGGUUCUAGAUAUUCCAACAGAUAAGGCCUCUGACUAUGCAAUUUUAUCAGCAUCCAAUUUUCAUACAUAUGUUGUAAUUCAUAAUCCUCAAUAUUUUGUUGACAUCAACGGAACUGAUCUUAAAACAAUUUACAAGAAUCAAACAUCAUUUACUUUCAAAGCAAAAUCAAAUGAAGUAACCAAGAUUUAUCUAGAUAUUUUUAAAAUUAGUCCAUCGAAAUGUGAAUCAGUCGAUUUCUAUUUAGGACCUGAUGAUAAACAUUUAUAUUUUGCUACCUCAAAUUCAAAUCGUGGACCAAUUCCUUUAAAGGCACCAAUGAAAGCAUGUUUGAUAUUUGCUAAUCCGUUUUUAAUGAGUUAUGAAUGUGACAUGACAAAUCUUAAUAAUCACAUGAAGGUUUAUGAGUAUGAUAACUCAUUGAGGGGAUCUUCUUAUUAUUAUUCUGCUUAUGAAUAUGAAACUUUAAUAUUAGAAGUCAGUUUAACAGAACCAAUGGAAUAUGGAUAUGUUGGAAUCAAACCAUUAGUAAAAGACAAAUCAUUAGUGAACUAUUGUGAGUGGAAAAAUGGUCCCUUUUCAGCGUGUGAUGAUUUGUAUUUAAUGGAAAAUUCCAAUGAACAAUGCUCAGAUUCUAGCAAAAAAAUUGAUCAAUCAUGGGAGUAUAAUGGAAAUUGCAUUAAAUUAAAUAGUAACACAAAAGAGAUAAAUGUUUCACCACAAACAACAUGUUUUGAAACUCCUGAGAAAUCAGUUGUAGUUUUCCAUCCCACAAUUCAAAUGAAAAAAUAUUUUGGAAAGAUUGAAAUGGGUUCGAAUUCUUAUUUUAUUUUCAACGAAACAAACAUUAUUGGAGGUGAUUUUCAUAAUUCUGGAAAGAUUCUCAUUAAGUCAAUUAUUAAUACGAAACUGCCAAUUUCUGUUUUUGAUAUGUCUUGGAAAUUACCACAAUGCGAAUUCAUUGAUUUUAUGAUUGGUCCAAUGGACGUUUUAAUUGGAACAUCUCGUAUGAGUAUCACAGGCCAGAAAUAUCAGUAUUUUAUAGAAGAAAAUCAAACAAUUUGUUAUAUUUCAUUAAAUGCAAAGACAGAUAACAUGGUUAUUGAUGGCAGUAGUAUUAAAUUGAAAUCAACAUUCUAUACUAAUAAAGGUGAAACGCCAGCAAAUAUUUCAAAUUUACCUGAAGAUUUUAUGGUUUCAAUUUAUUGUGAAGAUGGGAAUGCAAUCGCAGCUGCAGGGUAUGAAUUCAAAAAUAAUGGAAAUGAAUAUCAAUAUAAUGGAAUAAUUGGGAAUGCAACUGGAAGAAAUCCGUCAAUAAAAGUUGACAAUUAUAAAUACAAAAUUAUUGUUGAUUCAGAAAUUUCUGGAGAUGAUUCUAAUUCUGAUUCUCAAUUAUAUUAUAUAAUUGGUGGAUCAAUUGCUGCAGUAAUCAUUAUUAUUAUAAUCAUUAUUAUAAUUUGUUGUUGCUGCUGCAAGAAAAACAAAAGAACAAAAGAUGAAUCGAUUGAACCAUAA